AUGGUGAUCCGCCACUGGGGGCAGUGGAUGGAGAUUGGAAGGAGGCCUAUCCACUGCUGGAGAUCUGCCACUGGAGGCGCUGGAUGGAGAGAGCGGCUAAGCCAAUCCGCCACCUCCGGAGGAUCUGUCGCUGGGGGCGCUGGACUGAGAGAGCGAGGAGGCUAUCCGUCGCUUUGGGCGCUGGAUGGAGAGAGCGAUGAGGCUGAUCCGCCGCUAGAGGCACUGGACAGAGUGAACAAGGAGGCCUAUUCGCCGCUGCAUGCGCUGCACGCAGUGAGCGAAGAGGCCAAUCCGCCGCUGGGGUUGCUGGAUGGAGAGAGCGAGGAGGCUGAUCCAUCGUUGGGUGCACUGGACAGAGAGAGUGUGGGACGGAGAGAGAGUGAGGACCCUGAUCCGACGCUGGGGGCGCUGGACAGACAGAGCGAGGAGUCUGAUCCGCCGCUGGGGGCGCUGGACAGAGAGAGCGAGGAGGCUGAUCCGCCGCUGGGGGCGCUGGACAGAGAGAGCGAGGAGGCCUACCCACCGAUUGGGGCACUGAACGGAGAGAGUGAGGAGGCUGAUCUGUUGGAGGGGGUGAUGGACGGAAAGAGAGAGGAGGGUGAUCACCCACUGGGGGUGCUGGACGGAGAGAGCGAGGAGGCUGAUCUACUGCUGGGGGCACUGGACAGAGAGAGCCAGGAGGCUGAUCUGCCGAUGGGGGCGCUGGACAGAGAGAGGAAGGAGGCAGAGCGGCUGCUGGGGGCGCUGGACGGAGAGAGCGAGGAGGGAGAUCCGCCUCUGGGGGUGCUGGACGGAGAGCGAGCACUGGACGGAGACAGCAAGGAGGCGUAUCUGCUGCUGGGGGCUCGGGACGGGGAGAGCGAGGAGGCCAUUCCGCCACUGUGGGUGCUGGAUGGAGAAAGCGAGGAGGCUGAUCUGUCGCUGGGGGCCUUGGAUCUAGAGAGCGAGGAGGCUGAUCCACUACUAGGAGCACUGGACACUGAGAGCAACGUGGAUGAUCCGUCACUGAGGGCGGUGGACAGAGAGGGCAAAGAUGCCUAUCCGCAGCUGGGGGCACUGGACGGAGAGAGCAAGCUAGCUGAUCAACCACUGGGGGCGCUGGACGGAGAGAGCGAGGAGAGUGAUCCGCCGCUGGAUGCGCUAGAUGGAGAGAGCGAGGAGGGUGAUCUGCUGCUGGGGGCGCUUGACAGAGAGAACGGGGAAACCUAUCUGCUGCCGGGGACGCUGGACAGAGAGAGUGAUUAG